AGCGAACAAGAAGAAAAAACGUCGCGAAAUCAGUCGAAAACUUGUCUCCACUUGUCUCGGCGUGGUUGCGUGUUUUCGCGAGUCGCACCACCACGCUUACUGGGCCAUACAUCCGCUGGCACCGCAUUGCUCCAGUUGCGCAGCCAAGCUUAGGCACCAAAAACAAAAACACACCGGAAUUGGAAUCGACUUUGAGAAACGCGGGUCGCGGCACUUAGCUCAUGGGAGCGUGCACCGAAACAGGCAAGAACACAAUCGCUGCUGCGUUGCGACAACGAUAUACCCUCCUACUGCCCAGAUGCACUCGAUCCGGUCCAAUAUACCCGCCACUCCACCUAACAAAUGCCAACAGAAGCCCAGCCGGCACGCAAUGUCGGACCGCUUUUGCAGUCGUUACUCGAAGGCAAGGCAAGUUGGAGCGGUGCAAGAACUACUGAGCUGAGCUGAGCUGAGCUGAACUGCUAUAAAAACAUGACUACUUGCAGUGUGGUCAGCACACCGGCGCGGUUUGCCCGCUGCCUGGUCAACUUUCAGAUGGACGAACUGCUGCUGCUCAAGAAGUCCGUGCAGAGGAUGGCCCUGGAGUCCCCGGACACUGGGGAUCUGCUAGCUCCGGAUACCGAGUGCCCGGAAGUGGAGGGAUCGCAGCUCCCGGAGCGAAUGGCCUUGAUGGCCGCAGAUCGGAGUGAGCACGACACCACUGGUUCCAGUGGUCCUUGGCACUCUCAUCCCCAUCCCCAUCCCCAUCCACAUCCGCAUCCGCAUCCGCAUCCCUCUUGGGUUGAGCAGAAGCCCUCCAAGUUGCAGACCCUCUUCCAGAUCAGCAUAACGGCUCUGGCCUUCCUCUCGUUCGGCGGCUACCUGCUCUGCCUGAUCGUGCAGGCCAUCAAGAGCAAGGGCACCACCUACUUCCAUCCGGUGGCCACGGCCACCACCACCUCAUCCAAUGGCAACACGAAGCGCAUCAAGGUGUACCGACGCAGCAGGCGCAGCGCCACUCGCCAAGGACAUCCCAGUAUUGCCCCUCUGAGCAGCCUGCUGCAGCAGGACUACGCCUCCUACAUGAGAGCUGUGCGGGAUCAGAGAUCGAGAUCGGUGCUCACCUAG